GGGAGAGCUCUCCCCUACCGAUAACGUCCGGGAAGAAGAGGGCCACGCCGAGGACGUUUCCCCGCCGCGGACCCUGGCCGUCGGGCCGCGGGACAAGUUUGGGCUGCGGGAAGAGGCCCUGUUUCUUGCACUUCGUGCGCGCUCGUGCGUGUGCCUCUCUCUGCGUGCACUCUUGUGCCAGGGUGGCUUAGUAAGUUUGACUAUAGAAAGAGGCUAGCAAUGGCUAGUGAAGACAAGCAGGCCCCGUCCCCGCCGCCAACAGGUGAUGAAGGAGGAGGUGGAGGGAUAGGACGAGAAGCCACCAUGGACGGUGGUGCGUUGUCACUGAAACCAGGAAUCCCCAUCAGGGGCAUCAGAAUGAAGUUUGCAGUGCUCACUGGCUUGGUGGAAGUUGGAGAAGUAACCAAUAGGGAUAUUGUAGAAACUGUAUUUAACUUGCUGGUUGGUGGACAGUUUGAUUUGGAAAUGAACUUUAUCAUCCAAGAAGGGGAAAGUAUUAUUUGCAUGGUGAAUCUUUUGGACAAAUGUGACGUUACUUGCCAAGCAGAAAUAUGGAGCAUGUUUACUGCCAUUCUGAAGAAGAGUAUAAGAAAUCUUCAGGCAUGCACUGAAGUAGGUCUUGUUGAACAAGUGCUCAGGAGAAUUGACAAAGUUGACAACAUGAUUGCAGAUCUUUUAGUUGAUAUGUUGGGAGUGCUGGCUACAUAUAAUUUGACCGUACGAGAGCUAAAGCUGUUCUUCAGUAAACUUCAAGGAGAAAAAGGCCAAUGGCCUCCUCAUGCUGGGAAGUUGCUGUCUGUGUUAAAACACAUGCCUCAGAAAUAUGGUCCUGAUGCCUUUUUCAACUUUCCAGGGAAAAGUGCUGCAGCUAUUGCAUUACCUCCUAUAGCCAAAUGGCCAUACCAGAAUGGAUUUACCUUUCAUACCUGGCUAAGAAUGGAUCCUGUAAAUAACAUCAAUGUGGAUAAGGAUAAACCUUAUUUGUAUUGUUUCAGAACAAACAAAGGACUUGGCUAUUCUGCUCACUUUGUUGGAGGUUGUUUGAUUAUAACUGCAAUAAAAUCCAAAGGAAAAGGGUUCCAGCACUGUGUAAAAUUUGAUUUCAAGCCACAGAAGUGGUAUAUGGUAACAAUAGUGCACAUUUAUAACCGCUGGAAGAAUAGUGAGCUUCGGUGUUAUGUGAAUGGAGAACUGGCUUCAUAUGGAGAGAUAACAUGGUUCGUCAAUACUAGUGAUACAUUUGACAAGUGCUUCUUAGGGUCUUCGGAAACAGCAGAUGCCAAUAGAGUGUUUUGUGGGCAAAUGACUGCUGUUUACCUUUUCAGUGAAGCUCUCAAUGCUGCUCAGAUUUUUGCUGUUUAUCAACUAGGUUUGGGAUACAAGGGUACUUUUAAAUUCAAAGCGGAAAGUGACCUCUUCCUUGCUGAGCAUCACAAACUCUUACUUUAUGAUGGCAAACUUUCCAGUGCUAUUGCAUUCACAUACAAUCCGAGGGCUACUGACGCCCAGCUAUGUCUUGAAUCAUCACCCAAGGAUAACCCUUCUAUAUUUGUUCAUUCACCUCAUGCUCUUAUGCUGCAGGAUGUGAAGGCAGUUUUGACACAUUCUAUACAAAGUGCUAUGCAUUCGAUUGGAGGAGUGCAGGUGCUUUUUCCUCUCUUUGCCCAGCUGGACUACAGACAGUAUUCAUCUGACCGGGUUGACACAUCUGUUUGCUCUACCCUAUUGGCUUUUAUCAUGGAGCUUCUGAAAAACUCCAUUGCUAUGCAAGAACAGAUGCUUUCCUCUAAGGGCUUCCUGGUCAUAGGAUACAGCCUUGAAAAGUCUUCCAAAUGCCAUGUCAGCAGAGCUGUACUUGAACUUUGUUUGGCAUUUUCAAAAUACCUGAGUAGUCUGCAUAAUGGAGUGCCACUUCUGAAACAAUUGUGUGAUUACAUCCUUCUCAAUCCUGCAAUAUGGAUUCAUGCCCCAGCUAAGGUUCAGUUGACACUGUACACUUAUUUGUCCACGGAAUUCAUUAGCACAGUCAACAUAUACAAUGCAAUUCGGAGAGUUGGAACAGUGCUUCUCAUAAUGCAUACACUGAAAUACUAUUACUGGACCGUGAAUCCUCAGGAUCGCAGUGGCAUUACUCCAAAAGGCCUAGAUGGACCUCGACCUAAUCAGAAGGAAAUUCUUUCCCUUCGGGCAUUAUUAUUGAUGUUUAUUAAGCAAUUAGUGAUGAAGGAUUCUGGAGUAAAAGAAGAUGAACUACAGGCCAUUCUCAAUUAUCUACUUACUAUGCAUGAGGAUGACAAUCUAAUGGAUGUACUACAGCUGUUGGUUGCACUGAUGUCAGAACAUCCUAGCUCUAUGAUCCCUGCUUUUGACCAGAGGAAUGGAUUACGAGUGAUCUACAAACUUUUGGCAUCCACAAGUGAAGGGAUCAGAGUACAGGCUCUCAAAGCAUUGGGUUACCUUUUGAAACAUCUGCCCCCAAAAAGAAAAGCUGAAGUCAUGCUUGGACAUGGAUUGUUUUCAUUGCUGGCUGAAAGACUGAUGCUUCAAACAAGUGUUAUCACCAUGACCACAUACAAUGUUCUUUUUGAGAUUUUGAUAGAACAGAUUUGCACUCAGGUAAUACACAAACAGCAUCCAGAUCCGGAUUCAUCAGUGAAGAUACAAAACCCUCAGGUACUAAAAGUAAUUGCGACUCUGCUGCGAAAUUCUCCCCAGUGUCCAGAGAGCAUGGAGGUUCGAAGAGCCUUUCUUUCUGACAUGAUUAAACUUUUUAAUAACAGCAGAGAAAACCGAAGGAGCUUGCUGCAGUGCUCUGUGUGGCAAGAAUGGAUGCUUUCACUUUGCUAUUUUAAUCCCAAGAAUUCAGAGGAGCAGAAGAUAACAGAGAUGGUAUAUGCUAUUUUCAGAAUUCUGCUUUACCAUGCAGUCAAAUAUGAGUGGGGUGGCUGGCGUGUAUGGGUGGACACCCUGUCAAUCACACAUUCAAAGGUAACUUUGGAAAUGCAUAAAGAAAGCCUAGCUAAUGUAUUCAGGGAAUACCAAGGGAAAGUUGGUGAAGAAAUAGGACUGGGCCCCUCAAGUCCAGUCCAAUCAGUCUCUGGUGUUAGCAGGGAUGCUGAAAUUUUAGAAGAUGCUCCACAAUUAGAAGUAAAGGAAGAUACUUCUAUUUGUAUUGGCAGUAAUGAUGAUGGGGAGCCAGUCAAAGACAUUGUAGAAUCUAAUGCAGAACCACAAAAUCACAUAUUAUCUGAUGGAGAAAGAAAAGAUGGGGAAGAAGAACACAGGGCACUAGAUAAAGUAGAUUUGGAGGGAACAUUGACUGAGGAAGCAGAAUGUAAAAACAAUUUAGAAGUAGCUCCUGGGGUAGAAGAAGCCAUGAGUGUCUCUUCUGAUUCUACGAAAAUGAGUGAGAAAGAUACUAUAGGUGGAGUCUUAAGUAUACAUUCAGGAGAAGAUACUUCAGACCUUCCUGAAAUUUUGGAUAAGCCUACAGUGGAAGAUGAUGAAGAGGAUUAUGUUGAACUUAAAGUAGAAAGUAGUUCACCUGUUGAACAGCAAGAAGAAGACAAUACACCUCUUAAACUGUCAGAGGCAAGCAUGUUACCUGUUGAACUUCAGCAAAAUGAGUUAUCUUCAGUUGUAUCUGAAGCCAGUGAACAAUCUGAUUCUGAGGUAUUAGUUGAGGCAUUGCCAGAUUCAGAUGCCACAAUGGAAGUGACUUCUUCCAAAGUCAUAGCCCAAGCAGAAAUGAACCAGACAUUAGAGGAAGUAAAGAAAAUGACUGACCAUGAUGGUGGAACUAGAAUAGCUCUCGAUGGACAUAUCAACAACUUAGAAACUGGUAUUGCUUCGGAGAAAAGGAUUGCCAAGUUGGAUGUUUCCAAUGUAGCUACAGAUACUGAGAGGCUGGAAUUAAAGGCCAGUACAAGCACAGAAACUUCUCAGUCUCCUCGGCCCAGUUCUGAGAUAUCAAGAGAACAGGAACAAGUAGGACAAGAAAUACCACCAACUGUAGCCAGUGGACAAAGAAGAGAUUCCAGAUCUACUAUGUUUCGUAUUCCUGAGUUCAGAUGGUCCCAAAUGCACCAGCGUUUGCUCACAGACUUGUUGUUUUCCAUAGAAACAGAUAUACAGAUGUGGAGAAGCCAUUCAACAAAGACGGUUAUGGACUUUGUGAAUAGCAGUGAUAAUGUCAUCUUUGUACAUAACACAAUUCAUCUCAUUUCUCAAGUAAUGGACAAUAUGGUCAUGUCUUGUGGAGGUAUAUUGCCAUUGCUUUCAGCUGCUACAUCUGCAACACAUGAGUUGGAGAAUAUUGAACCAACUCAGGGUCUUACAAUAGAGACUUCUGUGACAUUUUUGCAGAGGUUAAUCAGCCUUGUAGAUGUGUUAAUUUUUGCAAGUUCUCUUGGCUUUACGGAAAUUGAAGCUGAAAAAAAUAUGUCUUCUGGAGGAAUUUUGCGGCAGUGCCUUAGACUAGUUUGUGCAGUGGCAGUAAGAAACUGUUUAGAGUGUCAGCAGUAUUCACAACUGAAACCUAGUAGAGAUCCAUCAAAAGGACAUAGAACAGCUCACAGUUUGAUAACCACUGGAAAGUCUGCAGCAAAGAGUCCAGUGGAUAUUGUAGCUGGUGGCAUAUCUCCAGUGAGAGAUCUUGACAGACUUCUGCAAGACAUGGAUAUUAACCGGCUUAGGGCAGUUGUCUUCAGAGAUAUAGAGGAUAGCAAACAAGCUCAGUUCCUGGCGUUGGCUGUAGUAUACUUUAUCUCUGUCCUCAUGGUGUCCAAGUACAGAGACAUUCUGGAACCACAAAAUGAAAUGCGCCAACCUCAAUGUGAUGAGUCUUUGAAAGUAUCUGGCAAUGAAAGUGGUGAUAUAACAUCAACUGAUUUAGAAUCCAUAACACCUGGAGCAACGAUGGAAGACUCUGCAGGUGUGGCAUCUGUCCGAAGGAAGAAUUCUGAUAGUGGGGAAGAAUCAACUUCAACUGUAGAAAGUAAUGUGGCUGUAGCUGUUCCUUCAGGGCCUCAAUGUGUUAGUGCGGGUCCUGAUGCCAUCAGUGAAGUGCUGUGCACACUCUCUUUAGAAGUGAAUAAAUCUCAGGAUGCCAGAAAUGAUGGAGCCAGUGAGUUAGAUACCAAGACUGUACCACCUGUACCAACUGCAAAAAAUGUUAAUGUGAAAGAUAUUCUGAGAAGUUUGGUUAACAUGCCAGCCGAUGGAGUCACUGUGGAUCCUGCCUUUCUUCCACCAGCCUGCCUUGGUACUCUUAGUGAUCUUUCUGCUGAGCAACCUGUGCAGUUUCAAUCCUUUGACAGGAGUGUCAUUGUUGCAACAAAAAAACCCAUUAUUUCACCUUCUGCUACUACAAAUGUGCAUACCAAUGCUGUUAGUGUGGUUUCUUCAGUUGACUCUAAUCCGGCAUCAGAGUUCGUGGGAGCAUCUCCUGGUAGAGGAUCAUCUAAUGCAAAAUUACCUGCUGUCCCAGUAGUUUCUUCAGUUCCAGAAGACUCUGUUUCAAAUAUGAGUAUUACAGAGAGACUUGAACAUGCUCUGGAAAAGGCUGCUCCUCUUCUUCGAGAAAUUUUUGUGGAUUUUGCUCCUUUUCUUUCUCGUACACUUUUGGGUAGCCAUGGACAAGAGUUGCUUAUAGAAGGAACAAGUCUGGUUUGCAUGAAGUCUAGUAGCUCAGUUGUGGAAUUGGUCAUGCUCCUCUGUUCUCAGGAAUGGCAAAACUCUAUCCAGAAGAAUGCAGGCCUUGCUUUUAUUGAACUUGUCAAUGAAGGAAGGUUGUUGAGCCAAACCAUGAAGGAUCACCUAGUAAGAGUUGCAAAUGAAGCUGAAUUCAUUCUGAGCAGACAGAGAGCAGAGGAUAUUCAUAGGCAUGCAGAAUUUGAGUCAUUGUGUGCUCAGUAUUCUGCUGAUAAACGAGAAGAGGAAAAGAUGUGUGAUCACUUAAUAAGAGCAGCAAAGUAUCGUGACCAUGUGACAGCAACUCAGCUAAUCCAGAAAAUUAUCAAUAUACUGACGGAUAAGCAUGGAGCCUGGGGAAAUUCUGCACCAAGUCGUCCUCGUGAGUUCUGGCGCCUUGACUACUGGGAAGAUGACUUGCGGCGCCGGCGACGAUUUGUGCGUAACCCUCUUGGAUCGACACAUCCUGAAGCGACACUAAAAACAGCCGUGGAACACGAUUCAGAUGAAGAUAUCCUUGCUAAAGGAAAACAGUCCAUCAAGAGUCAGGCUUUAGGAAAUCAGAACUCAGAAAGUGAGAUUCUCUUGGACGGCGAUGAUGAUACCCUGUCGUCUGUGGAGGAGAAAGACUUAGAGAAUCUUACGGGUCCUGUUAGCUUGAGCACACCAGCUCAACUUGUGGCCCCUUCCGUGGUGGUGAAGGGCACUCUUUCCAUCACCUCCUCUGAACUCUAUUUUGAAGUGGAUGAAGAAGAGCCGAACUUCAAGAAAAUUGACCCCAAGAUUCUGGCAUAUACCGAAGGACUGCAUGGAAAAUGGCUGUUCACAGAAAUUCGGUCAAUAUUUUCCCGGCGAUAUCUUUUGCAGAAUACAGCACUAGAGAUCUUCAUGGCAAACAGAGUUGCUGUAAUGUUCAACUUUCCAGACUCUGCUACAGUAAAGAAAGUGGUCAAUUGUCUACCUCGUGUUGGCAUUGGAACUAGUUUUGGUUUGCCUCAAACCAGGCGUAUUUCAUUAGCAAAUCCACGUCAAAUUUUCAAAGCUUCCAGUAUGACUCAACGAUGGCAGCACCGGGAGAUUUCUAAUUUUGAAUAUUUGAUGUUUCUCAACACCGUGGCAGGACGUACCUACAAUGACUUAAAUCAGUAUCCUGUAUUCCCCUGGGUGUUAACUAACUAUGAAUCAGAAGAGCUGGAUCUUACAUUGCCAAGCAACUUCAGGGAUUUGUCCAAGCCCAUAGGAGCUCUGAAUCCCAAAAGAGCAGCAUUCUUUGCAGAGCGUUAUGAAUCAUGGGAAGAUGAUCAAGUUCCAAAGUUCCACUAUGGCACUCAUUACUCAACAGCAAGCUUUGUGCUUGCAUGGUUGUUAAGGAUGGAGCCUUUUACAACUUAUUUCCUAAAUCUGCAAGGUGGAAAAUUCGAUCAUGCAGACAGAACUUUUUCAUCUAUUUCAAGAGCAUGGCGUAAUAGUCAACGUGAUACAUCUGAUAUCAAGGAGUUGAUCCCUGAAUUUUAUUAUCUUCCCGAGAUGUUUGUCAACUUCAAUAAUUAUAGUCUUGGAGUGAUGGAUGAUGGGACAGUAGUAUCUGAUGUUGAACUUCCUCCAUGGGCCAAAAGUUCAGAAGAAUUUGUUCGCAUAAACAGACUGGCCUUAGAGAGUGAAUUUGUUUCCUGCCAGCUUCACCAGUGGAUCGAUCUCAUUUUUGGCUAUAAACAGCAAGGGCCAGAGGCAGUCCGAGCCCUUAAUGUAUUCUAUUACCUGACCUAUGAGGGAGCUGUCAAUCUGAGUUCAAUAACAGAUCCUAUAUUGAGAGAGGCUGUCGAAGCUCAAAUCCGAAGUUUUGGACAAACACCUUCUCAGCUGCUUAUAGAGCCACAUCCUCCCAGAAGUUCUGCUAUGCAGGUGUAUCUCCUCCUGCAGAGUCCAUUGAUGUUCACAGACCAAGCUCAGCAGGAUGUUAUCAUGGUCCUAAAGUUCCCAUCCAACUCCCCUGUCACUCAUGUAGCAGCCAACACCCAGCCUGGCUUGGCAACUCCUGCUGUGAUCACAGUCACCGCUAACAGGCUAUUUGCUGUGAACAAGUGGCACAACCUUCCUGCUCAUCAAGGUGCUGUACAGGACCAGCCAUACCAGCUGCCAGUGGAAAUCGAUCCUCUCAUAGCUAGCAAUACAGGAAUGCACAGGAGGCAAAUCACUGACCUUUUAGACCAGAGUAUUCAGGUCCACUCCCAGUGCUUUGUCAUCACUUCUGACAACCGCUAUAUUCUUGUCUGUGGUUUCUGGGACAAGAGUUUCCGGGUCUAUUCUACAGACACAGGAAAAUUGAUACAAGUGGUAUUUGGACAUUGGGAUGUCGUCACUUGCCUUGCCCGAUCUGAGUCAUACAUUGGAGGAAACUGUUACAUUCUCUCUGGGUCUCGAGAUGCAACACUCCUCCUCUGGUAUUGGAAUGGGAAAAACAAUGGAAUUGGAGAUAACCCAGGCAGUGAAAUGACCACUCCUCGAGUUAUUUUGACUGGCCAUGACUAUGAGAUCACUUGUGCUACAGUUUGUGCUGAACUUGGCCUAGUAAUAAGUGGUUCUAAAGAAGGACCAUGUCUCAUACAUUCUAUGAAUGGAGACUUGUUAAGGACCCUGGAGGGUCCUGAAAACUGCUUGAGACCAAAACUCAUACAGGCUUCAAGAGAAGGUCACUGUGUCAUAUACUAUGAAAAUGGCAUCUUCUGUAUAUUCAGUGUGAAUGGAAAACUCCAGGCCACUAUGGAAACGGAUGACAAUAUCAGGGCAAUCCAGCUAAGCCGAGAUGGCCAGUACUUGCUCACAGGAGGAGACAAUGGAGUUGUCAUGGUGUGGCAGGUGUGCGACCUCAAACAACUCUUUGCUUACCCAGGGUGUGAUGCUGGAAUUCGGUCCAUGGCCUUGUCUUAUGAUCAGAGGUGCAUCAUGACGGGCAUGGCAUCUGGGAGCAUAGUGCUUUUCUACAAUGACUUUAACCGAUGGCAUCAUGAAUACCAAACCCGAUACUGAAAACGAAGAUCAAAUUGAACUAGCAUUGGCGACAAGACUUCAAACAUAGAAAGCAAUGUCCUGCCGUAGCAUUGUUCUCUUCUAAAUAGCUAUCCCACCUGAAUGUAACUUAAAUUUGCUCAAACAGCAAAAUAUUUUUUAAAGUUAAUUGCUAUUUUUGUAGACUUUGCUUGACUUUUUUGGGGGAAGGGCAGAGAAGCAGAAAACUGGCUGCUGGGUUCUCUAGUUACAAAAUCUAUAUUUUUAGUCAUAAUUAGAAGUCUAUUUUCACCCAUUAUAGAAAGAAAACUACGAUAAAGUGAGUUAAGCCACUAUCAUAGACUAUAUUAUGAAGAAACACAUUUCCCCAUUUUAAAGCUUUAUCUGUAAUCUUGAAAAAUAUGAUUUUAACAAUGGGGAAAUGGGUUAUAAUGCUGGGGUGUGGGGAUUUUAAUCUGUGCUACCUGUACCAGACUUUGUGUCUUGUUAUUUUCCAAAUAAUUGUAUUUCUUGAGCACUGAAGUUUCUGGAAUUUAAAUAGUAAUGUUUAAAUUAUGAUGACUGUAAUUUAAAAUUUGAUGAUGAAUCAUUCCCCUUGAUGUUCAAGCAUGUUUCUAGGCCUAGGCAAUUAGGUUUUGGGGGGGUGGCUUUUCAAAGCUUUUGUUUUGCUGUGUGGUCAAGAGCAGGAAAUCAGCUCUGACUAGGGUCAUUGUUGGAUAUGUAGCAGGUGUGGCAUACUUCUCAUUUUUACCUGAAAUCUUUUAGAGCACACCAAACUGGGAAGAUGGAAAUUUCCAUAGGCUAGCAAUCUCUUCUACUUUGGAAUUAAAUGCAGGUACCAAAGCACUUCUGCUGUUUUGACCGUGAAAGCACUGAGGCUGACCAGGGGUCCAAGCCUCUUCCUCUUCCCUGUGCAGAAGCUCCAGGUUUGCAAGCUGCUUUUCUAUCCCCUCCUCCCCAUGUUUUAGAACAGAAGCCUCUCCAUAAUUAUAGAGCGCAGAGUGAUCUGCUCAUGUGCUGCACUUGGCAACACACUUUUUACUUCCUAUUUGCAUCCAGUUCAACUAUGUCAUUAAAUUUUCUCUACAUCCCCUUAGGAAAUGAACCGUGAUUUAUACUAAGGAAUAAUAAGUUAUUUUGGUGUUGCAUAAUUGAUUCUACUUUUCUACCAGAUUGCUGUGCAGAAUUCUGUGAACAUAUUUGUGAAAAGGACUGUAUCGUUUUGUAAGUCUGUAUUGCAUAAAUAAUUUCUUUGUAUGUGGUGAUCUUUGAGUGGAAACUGACAUUCCAUAUCUAUUUCUCUUGCCUACUGAAGUAGGUCUCAUUUUUCUAAACAUUCAGCUAUUCUCUAAAGCAAAGAUUUGGAAUGAGAAAACAAUUUGAGUGAAGAACUGAAUAAAAUAGAAUUUGUAAUUGAAA